AGGUGAGGGCAAUCAUACAUGAAGAGGGAAGUCCAGGAGCGGAGCAUUGUGUACCUAGUGGGGCCUGUUACUACCAUACACAGGGGACUGACACUCUCCUCCAUAUCUCCUCCUCCCGCCCAGAACUGACUGAGAGAACACGGAGCAGAGGAUUUGAGACUCGCAGCGACACCUGCUGCUGGGGGCAGAUAUAACACGCGAUCACUAUCAUAACGUAUCACUGCUAAUCCGUCCUCACAGUGCGGGCCCGCGGCGGCCAUUGUUCUGUAGACUGCAAGCACGGCACUGGUAUCACAGAUUACAUGUCACCGUUUACACCGAGUGACGCUACCAAGAGGGGCGGAGCCACGCACUCCUUCGGGCGCCAUGUUGGAAGCUGGAGAGCGGCUGUAACGCCGCCGUGCUCUAUAAGUACAUCCGGGUCAGUGAGCCGGGCGGAGGACUACACGGCACUGAUAGAGAGAUCUGGUGAGUGUGUGACACCCAGGAGCCAUCCCCAUGUGUCAGGAGGAUGGAGCAGGACCCAGAGCCUCAUCCCGGUGCCUCCACCUCACUCCCUGAUACAUGAGAGAGACAGUGACCAGAAGAUCCUGGAACUGACCAAUCAGAUCAUUGAGCUGGUGACAGGAGAGGUUCCUAUACAGUGUCAGGAGGAGAUGGAGAAGUCAGAAGGACACCGGGAUCUGUAUGAGGAUGUGAAGAUGGAGAAUCACUGGCCCCUCUCAUCACUGGAUGGGUCCAGGAGCAGAAAUACCUCAGAGACAGAUCUCCACCAUCUUCAUUCACAGGAUUGUAUAGAGGAGAAUCACACGAUCCCACAGGACGAUCAGACUGACGUCCUGACUGCUAUUAAAGUAGAAUUUCAAGAGGAGGAAGAGACGUAUGUGAGGGGUGAUCGUCCGUGUAAAGAGGAGGAAGAGACGUAUGUGAGGGGUGAUCGUCAGUGUAAGGAGGAGGAAAUCCCUACAGAUAUCAGCGCAGCAGAUGGAUGCAAACACGGAAAUAUCUUAGAGGGACAACUCCUUUUAUCUACGCAUUUUAAAAUGGAAGAAAACGUUAUGCAAGAUGAUCCUGGAGAAACCCCUAUUAUGCUAAAUAUAUAUUCAAUACUUCCCAGUGCAGAUAAAUCAUCUGAUCCCUAUAAUCAUGAGCAAUGUUCCCCUGAUAACAUAGACAGUGCUGCGCAUAGUACAGCUCAUAUCAACGACAAAAUGUUUCCAUGUUCUGAUGGUGGGAAAUGUUUUCCCGCUAAAUCAUCUUUUCAUAAAUAUCCGAGAACUUGCAUAGGCAAGAAACCAUUUCCAUGUUCUGAGUGUGGAAGAUGCUUUAAACACAAAUCAUCUCUUGCUGAACAUCAGAGAACUCACACAGGUGGGAGUCACUUUCCAUGUUCCGAAUGUGGGAAAGAGUUCGCAGCUAAAUCAUCUCUCCUUGAGCAUCAGAGAUCUCACUCCGGGGAUAAUCUCUUUCUAUGUUCUGUGUGUGGGAAAAAGUUUGCAGCUAAGUCAUCUCUCCUCGAGCAUCAGAGGUCUCACACAGGUGAGAAACUCUUUCCAUGUUCCGAGUGUGGGAAAGGGUUUACAAAAAAGUCAAAACUUAUUAGACAUCAGAGAACGCACACAGGUGAAAAACCAUUUUCAUGUUCUGAGUGUGGGAAAUGUUUUACCAACAAAUCACAACUUCGUAUACAUCAUAGAACGCACACAGGUGAGAAACCAUAUCCAUGUCCUGUGUGUGGAGAAUGUUUUGCAUAUAAAGCGCAGGUUACUGUGCAUCAGAGAACUCACACAGGUGAGAAACCAUUUCCAUGCUCUGAGUGUGGGAAGUGGUUCACAAAAAAAUCGAAACUUACUGUUCAUCAGAGAACUCACACAGGUGAGAAGCCAUUUCCGUGUCCUGAGUGUGGGAAAUGUUUUACAUACAAAUCAAGUCUUAUGAGACAUCAGACAAGUCUUGUUAAACAUAACAAAACUAAGAUAACUGAAAAACUCUUUCCAUGUUCUGAAUGUGGGAAAUGUUUUACAAGCAAAGGACAAUUUAAUGUACAUCAGAGAACUCACACAGGCGAGAAACCAUUUCCAUGUUCUGAGUGUGGUAAAUGUUUUAUUUACAAGGGAAAACUUCUUAUACAUCAGAGAACUCACACAGGUGAGAAACCAUUUCUAUGUUCUCAGUGUGGGAAAUGUUUUACAAACAAAGCGCAACUUAUUGUACAUCAGAGAACUCACACAGGCGAGAAACCAUUUCCGUGUUCUGAGUGUGGAAAAUGUUUUAUCUACAAGGGACAACUUAUUAUACAUCAGAGAACGCAUACAGGUGAGAAACCAUUUCCGUGUUCUCAGUGUGAGAAAUGUUUUACAAACAGUGCACAACUUAUUGUGCAUCAGAAAAUGCACACCGGUGAGAAACUCUACCAAUGUUCUGAGUGUGGGAAAUGUUUUACAUAUAAGGGACAACUUCUUAUACAUGAGAGAACUCACACAGGUGAGAGGCCAUUUCCGUGCUCUGAGUGUGGGAAAUGGUUUACAGCUAAGUCCUCUCUAGUUGAGCAUCAGAGGAAGCACACGGGUGAGAAACCGUUUCCAUGUUCUGAGUGUGGGAAACUGUUCAUACAGCAAUCAAUACUUAUUCGACAUCAGAGAACUCACACAGGAGAGAAACCAUAUUCAUGUUCCGAGUGUGGGAAAUGUUUUACAAUGAAAACACAUCUUGUUGUGCAUCAGAGAACUCACACAGGCGAGAAACCAUUUUCUUGUUCUAAAUGUGGGAGAUGGUUUACACACAAAUCAAGUCUUGUGAGACAUCAGGGAACUCACACGGGUUAGAAAUCAUUUCCGUGCUCUGAAUGUAAGAAAUGGUUUACAAACCAGUAAGAUCUUGUUCAGCAACAGAAACAUCACUCAGAGCAAAAGCAGUUGGACACAAAACGUGGUGGCUGCAGAUAAUAUUAUUAGUGCAGUUUAAUAUUGUUUAUAAAAAUUGUCCAUUUGACAUCUUUGACUGAUGGAAAUCAGUUAUGGUAUAAUCCUGGUAAAAGGCAAUAAUGUGGAACAGGGGACUCUAUUACAGGAUGUAAGUACAUGUUCUCUAAUUGAAGCUCUGAGAUGGGUCAUAUAAUGGGUUCUGUAAUCUGUAAUACCCCUUUCAGAUCACAAUGUCGGGUCCCACCCCGGGAAUUGGAAACGGGUCUUUCCCGGGUGGGAUCUGGCAUUGGACCUUUCACACUGCGUCCCUGACCUGGCAAUAUGCCGGGUCAGGUUGCCAUAGCAGCAGGGGGCAGAGCCAGCAUAGAGGCCUGAGGCGGCGCUAGGAGAUGAGCUCAUCUCCGCGCUGCCUCUCCCUAUGCAGUGAGCAGAUCGCAUCGACCCGGCAACCCCUUCACACUGCACCUGACCCAGUAUUCAACCCGAGAAUAACCCUUCUUUAUUCCCAGGUUGAAUUACCGGGUCAGGCAACCUGGGAAUUCUCCAUGACCCCUUUCACACCGCACAGCGACCUGCGUCGACCCGGCAAUAAACCAGGUCGAUACCGCGUUAUUUGUGCGGUGUGAAAGGGGUAUGGCUCACUGGGGAUAAAUUACAAUGAAUAAAAAAAAAACGCGUUGCUACAAUGAAAAUGCAGAGUUGUGAUUGGCUAUUUGUUCAAAUGAUCUCAUUGUUGCCUCAUCACUUAAAAUGGACUGAAAUUUUACGCAUCCACUGAAGCGGGGAGGUCAGGCCUCAGCCUAUACCUUUAUAUGUGAUGCUUUUUGUACCUUUCAGUAGUCUGAUUCAGAGUUAGGAGCAGUUUGCACCUGGGCAAAACAAGAGAUGAGCGGUUUGGGUUUGACUCUACUUCCUGCCAAGUAUAAGGACAUUUUUCUUAAUUGAUAUCUGAUGGCUCCUUUCAUUUUCUUGGAAAUAUUGGGGGUCAUUUCGAGUUGAUCGUAGCUGUCAUUCUGCAUGUCAGCGCCGGGUGUAGUAUGGUAUGCCGGCGACCAGCAUACCAGCGCCGGGAGCCCGACCGCCGGCAUACCGACAGUGUGGCGAGCGCAAAGGAGCCCCUUGCAGGCUCGCCGCGCUCGCCACGCUGCGGGCAUGGUGGCGCGCUAUGCGCGCCGCGCUAUUUAUUCUCCCUCCAGGGGGGUUGUGGACCCCCACGAGGGAGAAUAGCUGUCGGUAUGCCAGGUGUCGGGAUCCCGGCGCCGGGAUCCCGACAUUCAGCAUACUGAAGACCACCCGUCAGUUGACUUUGCACUUCAAGAGUAGCUCCCGACCAGCACAGCUUUAGCAUGCUGGCCGGGAGCUACUCAUCGCUCCCCGUCCUGCAGUGGCUGCGUGUGAUGUCAAGCAGACGCUGCGGCCCGCCCCCCGUUCGGUCCGGCCACACCUGCGUUGGCCGGACCGCUCCCAUGAAACGGCGGCUAAAUGCCGGCGUUCCGCCCCCUCCCGCCCAGCGGUCGCCUCUGCCUGUCAAUCAGGCAGAGGCGAUCGCAACCCUGCUACGGCCUUCGGCCUUCUGGCAUGCACCGGCGCACUACGGCGCAUGCGCAGUAGAGACCCGUUUGCUCGGCUGCAACAAACAGCGAGCAAACGGGUCAGAAUGACCCCCAUUAAGUGGUGGGAAGAGACUGUGGGACUGAAGAGUCAGUCUUAUCUUAAACUAUGUAAAUGCAUCAGAUGCACAAUAUUCAAGUGAGGGGAUUUGUACGGGAGAUCCUAUGUUUGCUGUAUGUGAUUAAAAAGUAGUUGGACCUAAAAAUUUAAUCAGUGUCUUUAAAGCUAAAGUCAUUGCACCCAGCUGUGGGUUAUACAUCUGUGUAUCACACAGCGGCGUGCGGCAACUGCACUGUGUAACUACAGCCAUGGCGUAUGGCGUGUAGAAUGGUUCCUCUAACAACUACAGUGUAACAGUCAUGGCAGCCAUCUUGUGGGCAGGGCCGACAUGAGAAUGCAGCCAAUCCGCUCAUGAGCAACCAGUGAUAUCACUGAGGAAUUUCUUAAGUCAAUUCUAAAGACUUUCCCCAUAAUGGCGGCAUGUACUCUGGGCUGGUGACACUUUUAAGAUACAAGUAAUGCAUUAUUACGUCUGUCGCUCGUUACAUGCAUGGAUAUCCCUCUUAUGUUGUGUACUUGUGUAGUUUUCUCAGUGACUAAUAGAAUAUGUUCUACGUUCAGUUUGAAUUUAUUUUUAUCUAUACUUUUUAUUCUUUGUAUAGAGAAUAAGUAGCUGAUGUGACAGUACAGGACAUACAGGGGCAUGACAUGUAUUUAUGUGGUUAGUACGAAAGUCAGGUAAUAAAGUCUCCCAUUACCGUCCAA